AUGGCAAUAAUUUUGAAAAACCAGUAUUUGUGUAAAAAUGUUGAUGCAAGUUUGAGGUCGUUGUUAAGUUUAGUAGAGAAGGAUAAAAUCAACAGGGACACUCAGUUUGUGGAAUGCAAUUCAAUACAUAACGACAUCGACAUAAAAUACGAAUAUGAUGAUAAACAAACAGGUUUACAUAAAAUGAGCACUUUUUAUAAACAUUUUCUCAAAAUAUUCAUGGAAAUAAGCGUACUCACAGAUUCAGUAGAAGGAAACAAUAUAUAUCAUAGUAAAACUGUUGUUGAUAUAAUCCUGUUGAAAUAUAUGCCCUUCUGUUCACUUUGGACCGGGAUCAUUUUGAAAUACAAAAUCACAUUUUUAAAAAAAUCUAGAGAAAAUGUUUUAGCCCUCUUCAAGGAAUGGAAAUUGAAUAUUCCAAAAACACGACUGACAAAGCAGCCUUCCAUCAAAAUUAAAGAUCCUGCUAGUGAACACAUAGCCGAGGAAACAUGGAAAAAAAGAGGAAAUGUUUUACCAACGCAUUUUUCUGGAAAUUAUCUGAAACGCUUUGCUUCUCAAGAUUCCAGAAUGGAAACUGAGAUAGUAAAGAAUAAUGUUACAGAAGAAACAAUCCAAGAAAAAUGUAUAUACUGUGGAUAUGGUCAGCUGGACGUAACUGCUGACUGGGUAGCUUGUGACAGCUGUAAUAGAUGGCUGCACUUGAACUGUGACCCAUAUUCAACUGAUAAGACGUAUGGUAAUUCUAUAUAUAUUUGCGAAUCUUGUAAAUCUGAUAGGCUCCAGUCGAAAGAAAAUGAUAAAAAUAAAUGUUUACAUUGCAACCUUAGUCAGCUGGAUGUAACCGCCGACUGGGUAUGCUGUGAUGGCUGCGAUAAAUGGUUACAUUUGAAAUGUGACCCAUCUUCCUCUGACAAAACAUAUAGUGGUUCAUACUAUUGCGAAUCUUGUACGGUUCAUAAGCAACUGUUGCUUGAAGAUACAAUUAACUGUUCGAAAUGUUUGUAUUGUGGUCUUGGUCAACUUGACGAAACCGCAGAAUGGGUAUCUUGUGACAAGUGCAAUGGUUGGGUGCACAAAGCUUGCGAUAGAAGAACCAAAGAGCCAAACUUCAGCACUGAUAGUUAUCAUUGCAAGAAUUGCUCUAUUAAGGAAUUCAAAAUGAAAUGUCAGGAAUUUUUAGUGAAAUUAGAGAAUGGAAGUAACUCGCAUGAUAGGGACGAAAUUGAGGCAAAUACCAGAGGUCAAAGGAAAUGUGCACGAUGGUUUGCAGAGCGUAAGAUCAGACUAACAGCAUCAAAUUUUGGCAGGAUUUGUAAAUGUAAAUCUGACAGCGGAAGAAUAAAAAUUGUGAAGGAAUUGAUCACUCAAGGAAAUCGAAGGAAUGUGGCAAUGAAACACGGAAUAAAAUACGAGAAAACUGCAUUAGACGAAUAUUUGAGUCAAAACGGUUAUCAGCACAUUGAAAGUGGAUUAAUAGUUCAUAAAACUUUUCCAUUUCUGGCAGGGUCUCCAGACGGCUUACUCGGUGUAGAUGGAACAAUAGAAAUCAAAUGUCCAUUCAAAAUAAAAAAUAAACAUCCAGACAACGCUUUUACCGAACUCGAUUACAUGUAUAAUGACGGAACAUUGAAAUUAACUAGCAAACAUUACUAUCAGAUUCAAGAUGACAAUUUGAUUGUCUCAACUUUUCCUCACAACACGAGCUUUGAUGAAGAAUGCACGACGCGUGAAAUUAUUAUCCAAGAUGUUCGGCUGCAAGAGCCAAUAAUCAUCAAUAAAAACAUUAUGGAAGGUAGUUUCCUAUUGAAUGAAAAUUUUCGAACUAUCACAACUGAAUAUAACGCAGCAGAAGGAACUAACAAUAAUUAUUAUUACUUCUCAACCCAAGUGGAGAACCCACAAGAAAAUAUUGGAGACAAAAAUGACGUCGGCACAGACACGCAAGUAGAAAAUGCAGUAACAACAACUAUGCCUACUUCAGAAGAAGAGACUGACUACAGCAUAAUAAAAGAAAACAUUACCAAAGACGAUAGUGCACACAAUAGCGAUGACCCGAUAACGAAACUCGAAGAAGCUACAAUUGAAGCUGAUUCAGCAUUACACAAAACAUACACUACACAAGAUGAUGAAAGAAAACACAGCGAUUAA